AUGCUCAUCAUUUUUAUUUUAUCACUUUUACUUUGGUAUAAUUUUCUGAGAGGUGGUUAUGUGUUAGAGCCAGUUGAAAAUCCAACAGGUGCUGUCGCUGGUUCACUGGUAUUAUUAGCUGAAAUUGGAUAUAAUUUUGAAGUCUUUCAAACCGGUUAUGUUGUUGACAAUAUUGUUAAAUUCCCUGAUGUUGCCGUUAAAAUGGUUAAUUAUACAUUAUUGGAUCAAUUACUUGAUAAUAAAAAGGCGUUUAGUCCUAAGAUUUACAAAUUUUUAAUUAGUAUUAAGACUAGAAAAAGGCUGCCUUGA